AUGUCCAUUCAAACACCCUUCAAGCUCCUAGAGAUCAAUGUCAUAUCCGCCCAAGACCUCCCACCUGUGUCCAAACUUUUGCGCACCUACGUGGUUGCAUGGGUGCACCCUGAUCACAAACAAACCACGCGCAUUGACCACCACGGCCACACAAACCCCACCUGGAAUCACAAGCUCGUGUUCCGUGUGGACGAAAGGUUCCUCAGAUCUGCCGCUGCCGUCGUGAUCGAGAUCUACAAUGUCGCUUGGCUGCGUGACAUUCCCAUUGGAACCACCCAAGUUCUCAUCAAUAAUCUCUUCCCUUCUCUCAAUUGGUGCCAGAAAAACUCCACCAUGCGAUCUGUCCCGCUUCAGAUUCGUCGCCCGUCCGGUCAUUUACAGGGAAUACUCAAUGUUGGUAUUAAUCUCCUUGAAGUUUUCGAUAAUAAUAAGAGUCAAGAGCAAAUUCCCCAACAAAAGGGUGCAAAUAUACAAACAAAACGCUCCAGAGAUGAUGGUUUUCCAUUAAGACAUGAUGGGAAGAUAUUAAAUGGGUCAGAACUAGGGGUACAACAAACAAAAGCAGUGGUCUCCGAUGGAUCUCCUUGCUCCGUCAUGCGCCCAUUACCGUCGGAGGUGGCGGCGGAAAUGAAGAAAGGGCUGUACUCGACGGAGGAAAAUGAAAUUGGGAGCUCGAUAUUUGAGAAUUGGACGGUGGCCGGUGACAGCGAGAAGGGGAUGAGGUCAAAGAGUGUGAGGUGGCGGAGGGAGGAUGAGUUCGGACCGACGGAGGAUCGUGAGGAUAGUAGACAUGGAAGGAGACGGCGGAGGAACUCGGACGGAGGAGGAUUGUUUUCGUGUUUUGGGAAUGCGUAUGGGUUUGAGUGCACAUUCAUGUGUGGAUCGAACAGUACUAAGAAAAGCAGAAAGAAGCAGCUUGUGGAGAGGGAUGAUCAUUUUCCUCGUUCUGAGGAGAAUCUACGCAGGUUAUAUAUAUGA